AUUUCUUGCACCCAUAAAACACUGAAUGCAAAACGAGUGUGGUCGUAUACCAUUAGCGGGCUGCAACUCUUAAAGUCUCCCCACUUUCCCAACAAAGGCCAGAGGUGACAAUGGCAGCCAUAGUAACAGGCCUCAUUCCUAUCCUGCGGACGGCAGUGGACGCCACCACUACCUACAAGUGCCGCUCCCUGUGGUUCGGCUUCCUGUGCAUCCGUGUGGUGAUCCUCUUCCUGGCUGAGCUGCCCUUCACCAAACUGGACGGCGACUUCAUCUGCAACGGCACCAGGGAUGACAUGUGCACCAGAGCCUGUUUUAACAAACGUUUUCACAGACCUAUGAUGGUGGCUUGGAACUUCAUCUUUGUCCUGUUCAUCCUCUCUGUUCUACUCAUGGAGCUGUUUGCCUCUCACCUGCGCUCCCUGUCCCAGAAGAGGAGCUCCCAGUUGAAGGGAGAUGUGGAGAUGGAAGACCAGGGAAAAGAGGAGGCUCAGGUUGUGUCCAUGGAUACCAGGGGCAGGGCGGUCAUCGACCUCCACAGAGACAGAGGCACCGUUGGCUUCUACCUGCUCAGCAUCACUCUGCGUAUCCUGGUUGAGUCUUGGUUUGUUUAUAUUCUGCUUUACUGGAAUCUGCCAGCACUGGACGGUGAUCCGUACAAAUGCCAGACAAACAUCUGCUCUGAGUUACUUCUUUGUGUUGUGAGGGCUGCCCCAGAGAAAUGCAUGUCUAUUUAUACUUUGGCUACCAUUUCAAUCAUGAUUAUUGUUUGUUCAUUCUUAUUUUGUGUGUACUCCAUUGUUCACUAUCUUUGCAACUUUCGAAUAUUGACACAGCCUAGCCUUUUUGUGUAAUACUCUGAUUUAGACUCAGUGGGAAUAAACUUAAAGUUGCUGCUUUUGAUGCAUUUUCCAAAUAACAAUGAGUGCCUGUAGUACAAAGUAUACACAAUAAUGCUUAGCUGCUCUUGUGCCAUUGAAUUCUCUAUUGCAUGCAAACAAAUUACAUAUAUGAAAACAUAGUUAUAUAAUCCUAACCAGCUCUAUACUGACUGUUGUGUUGGAGGUUUACACAUGUUGUAAUUAUUUGUAAUCAGUGUCAUCUAAUAUUAUGAAAAUUGUCAAGUAAAAAAAAAAGUGAGUAGAAUUCCAGAAUGUAAUGUGUAAAAAGAAUAAAUGUUUAGUGUUUCCCUGUUUGUUUUGACAAGGAAAUGCCUUUGAAAACUAAAGUGAGAUUAAGUCCGCACAUCAUCUAGUGUGAAACU